GAGUGGAGAGCGUUUCAGUUGGAUCUUUGUCUGCUGUGUUCUAAACCUGGAAUUUACAGCAAAAAAUAGACCUUGGAAAUCUCGAAGAAAACAUUCGGAAUUUGAAAAAUACAGGUGGAUACAACAGAACUGUCCAAGGUUUAACAAAUUAUGCACCUGCACAAGGUCUUCAUACUUUUUCUGAUUGUUGCAGUUGUCGCAUCCAAAAAGGCUCACAAAAGAAAACAUGAAAAGAAACAUCUUCUAAAAGAGACUAUACCUGAAAAGGAUGUUCUAGAUAUUUUACAAGAUGAUGAAGCUGAAAGUGAAAAGAAAAAAUCUGCUUUGGAAAAAGAGCACCUUUUUGAAGAAUUUAACAGUGAUAAAGGAGGCUAUAUUGAAGAUCCAUGUGCAAAGCAUAAAUGUGGACCAGGAAAAGUGUGUGAAAUAAACGAAGAAGGAAAAGCUCAUUGUACUUGUAUUGAAAAAUGUCCUGAGGAGAUUGAUUAUAGAAGAAAGGUUUGCAGUAACCACAAUGAAACUUGGGACAGUGAUUGUGAACUGUAUCGCAUGAGGUGUUUAUGUACUGAGGGCUUGGAAGGUUGUAAAUUGAAUAAGUAUAAUCAUGUACACAUUGAUUAUUAUGGACCAUGCAAAGAUAUAGGAGAAUGCACUAAACAAGAAUUAGAAGAUUUUCCUCGUCGCAUGAGAGAUUGGCUUUUCAAUGUCAUGCAGGAAUUGGCACGAAGAAAUGAGUUAAAAGGACCUGCCCUUGAACUUGAACAAGAAGCAGAAAAGACAAGAGAGCGAAAAUGGGUUAAUGCUGUAAUUUGGAAAUUCUGUGACUUGGAUGUCCAUCCACAUGACAGACAUGUUUCGAGACAUGAACUAUUCCCAAUUCGGGCUCCACUUAUGGCUAUGGAGCAUUGUGUAGCACCUUUCUUAGACAGCUGUGAUGCUGAUGAUGACCAUAAAAUCACUCUUAAGGAAUGGGGAAACUGUCUUGGCCUGGAAGAAGAUGAGAUUGAAGAUAAAUGUGCAACUAUGCAUAGAGGUUAGAAAGGAUGAAGUUUAGAAAGCAACAGUGAGCUUGUCAGCUAUUGCCAUGUUGUGUUAUAGAAUAAUAGCAUGAUGUCAUGCUUGCCAAACAGUACAGCCCUUAACAACUUACUUAAAUUUCAUUAUUUUACAUUUUUAUAAUCUUAUCAUGAGAAAGAUAGUUACUGAUUUUAUAUGCAUUUAAAAGUUUUUACAAAAAUUAAUUUUAUCUGCCUUUUUGAUAAUGUCAGGCCUAGAAGUGUCAUGUUUUUAAAUCACUGCCAUGUAUUUUAUAUGUAUUUACUAUAUGUGAUUUGGUGUGAUGAAUAAAAUAUAACUGAUUUGUA